AUGGCCACAGGGGUAUCAGCAGGGUCAGGCAGCCAGGGAAGACCAGUCUGUGAUGGAGCUGAGGGCCGUUGUGACGAGAAGUACAACUCUCAGAACAAGUGCCACUGCAACUCCAAGUGCUCCCAGUAUGACAACUGCUGCAAUGACUAUGUAGCCCUCUGUAAUGGUGAGAGGGCUCUGGUGGUGGAGAUACCGGCAGUAACAUCACUGAUCCCGUCUCUGUCUAAAGCUCUGUAUGCUCUGGAAUCCAACAAGCCCUCUGCGUCAGAGCUGAUCAUUGACUCCCAGGCCAGAGUGCCCGUCUCCCAGACCUGCUCCCAGAACAACCUUUGUGAGUGGACUUCCUACCCUGAUGUUCUUGGGAUGCAGUUUACGUGGGAUGGCUACUUCAAGCAGGUUGGUUCUGCCAUCAUUGGCUGCAGUUCUGAGUUGGCCAUGUACAGUCUUUGCUACAUCACCCGUCCAGGGAAACAGUGUAAACAGAGCCUGGGAGGGAAGCCACUGGUGAUCCAGACCUACACCUGGGAACACUCCUCCUAUGGGAAUGGGAAGAAGUACAUCGGCUCCGCCUUCCCUGCCAUGCCCUAG